GCGAUAGUGGAAUAAAAUGAGUCCUACAAUCACUCCAACUCCCCACGCUUAAACUUUCUUUCUUUGAAACACUGUUUAAUCAUUUCCCUUGCUAAUCCAAGUUAAAAUUUUAGAAUCAUGGUUGUCGUUUAUUUAUAAACAAUAUAUAUAUAUAUAUACACACAGUUGUUUCAGCUUUGCUUUCAGAUUUUUCUCCGUUUAUUUCUCAAUGAAUUUUGUUUUUAAUCCUUGUAACUAGCUUCUUUUCCAUGCAAGAAAAAACCCAAUAAUGGUUUUGGCUAUGGAGUCUUUAAACAGGCUAUUACAUUGUUGGAUUCUGUUAAUAAGCUUGCUAUUUGUAGUUAAUGGGCAAUUUCCAACAACCCUUGAAGGACCCUUCAAGCCGGUGACUGUGCCUGUAAAUUAUAGCAUUAUUGGACAAGUUACUAGCUUGCCAGUUAAUGAUAAUCCUCCGUUAAGCCCAGAGAUUGAGUUUCAGCCUCAACAAAUUUUUCUUUCUCUCUCUUCAGACUUGAGCUCAGUUUGGGUGUCUUGGAUUACAGGGGAAUAUCAAAUUGGUGAUGAUAUAGAGCCAUUGGAUCCUCAAAGUGUAGCCAGUGUUGUUCAAUAUGGAGUCUAUAAAUCAGGCAGGAAUAAUCUAGCAGCUGGCAGUUCAUUCAUUUACAGUCAACAAUAUCCCAAUGAAGACCCCAAUAACUACACUUCUGGGAUUAUACAUCGUGUUCUUGUCACCGGGUUGGAUCCUGAUACUAUGUAUGAAUAUCAAUGUGGAGAUCCUUCUAUACCAGCAAUGAGUGAUGUUCAUUAUUUUAGAACAAUGCCUUCCCCACCCAAGGACUAUCCGAGCAGAGUAGCGGUGGUUGGAGGCCUCAGUCUUACUUAUAAUAGUAGCACAACAAUUAGUCACAUGGCAGCCAAUCAUCCAGAUCUUGCUCUGUUGGUUGGGGAUUUAAGUUUUGCAGACUUGUAUUGUACAAAUGGAACUUUAUGUGACUUUCAAAAUUGCUCAUUUCCACAAUCUCCCCUGCAAGAAACAUAUCAGCCUCGUUGGGACCAUUGGGGAAGGUUUAUGCAGAUUCUAACAGCUACUGUUCCAACAAUGGUGAUAGAAGGGGACCAUGAGAUUGAAAAACAAGCUGAUGAUCUGACAUUCACUGCUUACAAUUAUCGGUUUGCAUUUCCAUCCGAUGAAAGUGGGUCAACAUUGUACUACUCUUUCAAUGCAGGUGGAAUACAUUUUGUGAUGCUCGGUGCAUAUGUGCCCUAUGAUAAAUCAUCUGAUCAGUAUAAAUGGCUGGAACGAGACCUCUUUAAUGUGAACAGAAGUGUGACACCAUGGUUGGUAGCUGCUUGGCAUCCUCCCUGGUACAGCACCUACAAGGAUCAUUAUAGAGAGGCAGAGUGCAUGAGAGUGGAGAUGGAAGAAUUGCUAUAUAAACACGGAGUUGACAUUGUUUUCAAUGGACAUGUUAAUGCCUAUGAGAGGUCAAACCGAGUAUACAACUACACACUGGAUCCAUGUGGUCCAGUUCAUAUCACAGUCGGUAGUGGUGGAAAUGAAAUGAACUUGACACUUGAGCAUGCUGAUGAGCCUGGAAAUUGUCCAGAUCCCUCUAACACCCCGGACGGAUUCAUGGGUGGCUCCUGUGGAUUCAAUUUUACAUCCGGUCCGGCAGCUGGUAAUUUCUGCUGGAAUGAACAGCCUGAAUAUAGUGCAUAUAGAGAAAGUAGCUUUGGCUAUGGGAUUCUUGAGGUGAAAAACCAGACACAUGCCUUGUGGAUGUGGUACCGCAAUCAGGACCGCUACUCAGUUGGUAUGGAUGGAAUUUACAUUGUACGGCAGCCAGAUCGUUGCCCCAGUUGAGCCAAAGGGCGUGUUUCUUUCUCAUGUGUAGAAGUACCACAUUCACUAAAAGGAAAGAUGAGACCUCAGUGCAACUUCAAAAUAUUCAGAAAAAGGCUUAUGGUACCACCAUGUAUAUGACUGACUCUACAAGUCUUUUCUCCGGGUUACACAAUUUAUAUGGCUAGAAAUCAAUCUUUGUUCUUUAGGGUCCAAUCAUACGUAUGGAUUCCAGGAGAUUGUUACAUUAGGGUUUCAUUUCAUCUAUGUUAAGCUUAUAUUCUUAUAAGAGCUUAUUUGUAGAGUUAGGCAGCUAUAGAACAGCGUUACUGGCAUCACUUCUUCUAAUGGCAUUUGCUUAAAUUAUAUUUACUUUCAAUUUAUGAGACGACGAGAAAAGAGUUUUUGGUUUCUAAAGUGGGCUAAUUUGUGGCA